AUGAACAAUACCGUGAUUGAUCAGCUUAUUGAAAGCGCAUUGGGGGGUGAGUCGCGCGAAGGGCCGAUUGGCGAAACAAUUGAUGCCGUGAUAUCCGAAUAUGAUGCGGAAAUGAAAGACCAAAAGGCAUUUGACGGCAUUGAAACGGGCUUUGGCACUGCUGGCAACUCCACAGAUUCCGGAUUUUCGGAUAAAGAGAAUGCCCCCGGAAGCGCUAAGCGCAAAAGUUUAAACGACCAAUGUGGACGUCUCCGAAACUGGUUGUCCCGACAG